AUGAGCCUCUCCCUCUCUUGUCCAAUCUUGCUCCACAAACCCUCUCAUCAUCCAGUUUCCUUCCCACAUCCAAGACUGCCAAACCAUUCAUGGAAAAUAGCUUCAACAAAGAAGCAAAACCCCCAAGAGCUGAAGCCGUUGUGGGACGACGGCUACGGGACUCAAACAGUGAGAGACUACAUAGAUGUCGCCAAAGCUAUGGCCAAGCCCGAUGGCGGCCCACCUCGGUGGUUCUGCCCUGUUGAAUCCGGACCGCCUCUUGAAAACUCACCUCUUCUUCUGUAUUUACCUGGAAUUGAUGGUGUGGGGAUGGGGAUGGUGGUGCAUCACAAGGCUAUGGGGAAGGUUUUUCGAGUGAGGUGUUUGCAUAUACCGGCUGAUGAUCGGACAGCAUAUGAAGAUCUCGUUGAGUUCGUCGGGGCGGCUGUGGAGGAGGAGCGAGCUUCAUCUGCGAACAUGCCGGUGUACUUGGUCGGCGACUCGUUCGGAGGGUGCCUUGCUCUUUCUGUAGCUGCGGCAAAGCCUGCUGUGGACAUAGUCCUCAUAUUGGUGAAUCCAGCGACGUCGUUUGAGAGGUCACAGCUCCAACCACUGCUCCCCUUCAUGGAUGUUCUUCCGGCCAAGUUACUCCCUUACUUGCUGGGUGCCACCUGCGGUGAUCCGAUGAAAAUGGCUGCCGUGAUAAACGCUACAGAGUCAUCUCCCUCAAAACAGUUGGAGAGAUUUGUCCACGAGCUGUCUGCUUUACCAGUAGCUGUGUCUAAUUUGGCAGACAUCUUGCCAAAAGAAACACUGCAGUGGAAGAUAAAGCUACUGAAAUCAGGUGCAGCCUCUUCUAACUCGCGUCUCCAUGCAGUAAACAACGAGGCCCUCAUCCUGGCAAGCGGCAGAGACGCUAUGCUCCCUAGCAAGGACGAGGCAGAGAGGCUCUCGUCCUUGCUCAAGAAUUCAAAAGUACGUUUCUUUAAAGAUAACGGUCACCUUCUACUAAUGGAAGAUGGGAUCAAUCUCUUGUCAGUUAUAAAAGGGAAUCACAUGUACCGUCGCUCCAAAAAACGCAACCAUGUGAUGGAUUUCUUGCCUCCGAGCAAGUUUGAGUUCCAUCACACCUUCGACAACAUACUGGGGAUGUUACGUUUGGGUGUGAGCCCAGUCAUGCUAUCGACUAUGGCGGAUGGAGAGGUCGUGAGGGGAUUAAGUGGAGUACCGGACCAAGGCCCGGUUCUCCUUGUGGGCUACCACAUGCUUGUAGGAGCAGAAAUCAGUACUAUUGCUGAGGAGUUUCUGAGAGAGAAGAAGGUGAUGAUUCAUGGAUUAGCACAUCCAAUGAUAUUUGGGAAGGAUAUGGAAGCAGCAUGUCAAGAAGCCUCAGCGUUUGAUUAUUUCAAAGUGUUUGGAGCUAUACCUGUUUCAGCAGCCAACCUUUGUAGAUCACUAAUUGAGAAACGGCACGUGCUUCUUUACCCGGGCGGGGUGAGGGAGGCCCUGCACCGUAAGGGAGAGGCGUACAAGCUGUUCUGGCCGGAAGACCCUGAGUUCGUGCGGGCGGCUGCCAAGUAUGGUGCUAAAAUUGUGCCGUUUGGGGUGGUGGGAGAGGAUGAUGUGAUUGAGUUGUUGCUCGACUACGAUGAUCUGAUAAAGAUACCUAUUAUUAAAAACAAGAUCAAGCGUGAGAAUGAGAAUAUGCCUAGAGUGAGAGCAGGGAAGGAUGUGAAGGGGAAGGUAGGGGAGCAGAUUUUCUAUGUGCCCGGUUUCUACCCUAAGGUGCCCGGGCGGUUCUAUUUUCUGUUUGGGAAGCCGAUGGAGAUGGAGGGACGGGGAGAGCUGAUGACAGACAAGGCGAGAGUGAUGGAGGUUUAUCUGCAGUUGCAGGGGGAGGUUGAGAGAUGUAUGGCUUAUUUGAUAAAGAAGAGAGAUGAAGAUCCAUACCGGCAUUUUUUGGACAGGUUGUUGUACCGUACUGUUUCAUCUCCAAUUCAUGAGACUCCCACUUUUGAUCCAUGAAGGUAUGUUGCCUGUUGAGAUCAAUGUAAUAAUAACUGUGUGUGAUGAGGUAUCAAAA